CCCUCAAUAUAAUCCUCUCAACACCCUCCGAGCGUCAUCACCAUCAUCAUCAUGAACAACAACGACAACAACAACACAACAAUAUUAGUGAUCCCUUUCCCUGCCCAAGGCCAUCUAAACCAAUUCCUCCACCUCUCCCUACGCCUCGCCACCUCCGGCCACUUCUCCUCCGUCCACUUCGCCGGUUCUUCCAUCCAUAUCCUUCAAAUCAUCUCCCGUUUCCAAGGCUGGCCUUCCUCCUCCCUCUUCACUCUCCACAUCCACCACUUCCCUUUACCACCUUUCUCCACUCCCCCUCCCAAUCCCUCCUCCAUUUUCUCUGACCACCUUCUCCCUCUCUUCCACUCUUUAUACCAUCUCCAACCCUCUCUUUCCUCUCUUCUCCACUCCCUCUCCUCCUCCUCCAAACGUCUCAUCGUCAUCCAUGACCCUCUCAUGUCCUUCGCUGCAAAACAAGCCCUCUCUCUCGAAACCUCCACUCACAUCCAAGUUUUCAAGUUCAUAUGCAGUCCUUGCUUUUAUCACCUCUCCUUCCUACCUAACAAAACCUCAAGUGAUCUUGUUCUUAAGCAAUUCCCAGGUUGUUUAAGUGAUACUUUCUUGGAGUUUAGGAAUAGUGGACAUGAUGAUAAGGACGCUGUUGAAGAUGGGUUUAUUAUUAAUUCUUGUGAAGCAAUUGAAGGUGCGAUUAUUGAAGAUUUCCGGCGAGCUAAGGCUGGGAAGAGAGUGUUUGCUGUUGGUCCUGUUCAUCCUCUUGUGGAUCUUGGUCGUGCUCGGAGAAGUGAGGGCCUGUUUGCCCCCUCAUUCCCAUCCCUCAUCCUAUUGGUGCAUACCCAAAUAUGGGUAUGCACCAAAAGUGGGAGUGAUCCCCAUGCCUUGGGGAUCACUCCAUCAAUCCAAACACUACCUGAGUGUUUGGACUGGCUUGAUAAGCAAGUGGACAAGAAUGUUUUGUAUGUUGCCUUUGGUACUACUUCUAUGAUGUCUGAUGAACAGAUAGAAGAGUUAGCAAUUGGAUUAGAGAAGAGUGAGCAAAAGUUCAUAUGGGUCCUGAGAGAUGCUGAUGGUGGUGAUGUAACUGCUGAUGAACAAAACGCUGACAAGAGAAGAAGAAAGUUGCCACAAGGAUAUGAAGAAAGAUUGAAAGGAGUUGGAAUUGUUGUGAGAGAUUGGGUUCCACAGUUGGAAAUAUUAGCACACAAAGCCAUUGGAGCAUUCAUGAGUCACUGCGGAUGGAACUCAUGCAUGGAGAGCUUGAGUUUUGGAGUGCCAAUCCUUGCAUGGCCCAUGCACUCGGGCCAACCAAGGAAUGCCACGUGUUUGAGUGAGUAUUUGAAGGUGGGGUUCAUGGUGAGGGAUUGGGAACAUAGGAUGGAAGUUGUGAGCUCAAUGGUGAUUGUGGAGGUGGUGAAGAGAUUGAUGGUGAGUGAUGAAGGGAUGGAGGUGAAGAAGAGGGCAAGGGAACUUGGUGAACAAAUUAGGGUUGGUGUUUCACAUGGUGGUUCUUCUUGGAAGGAGAUGCAAUCCUUCAUUUCAUAUAUUAGUACAUGAUUUGAGAUUUCUUUUAACUUGUUGUAAAAUUUAUAUGUUAAUAAAUAAAAUAAACGGG